AUGCCUAGGCGUUCGUUCUUCGCCGUCUUUGCUUUGAUUUCGUUCGUGCUGCUCGUCACCAUUAGCCUCUCCCAGCUUGGAACUCGACAAGGCCCCAACCUCAAGUUUGAACGCAAUGCCGACGGAGAAUGGCAUGCCAAACCCAAGACGCGUGCCGCGGCGGGUGACAAGUACCUUCUCGGUGUUGGAAAGGCCGACAUCACUGGCCCUGUUGUCGAGAUUGGCUUUGCAGGGUACGCUGAUCUGAGCCAGGUUGGAACUGGAUUGAGACAGCGGAUCUACAGCCGUGCUUUCAUAGUCGGGGAUGUGAGCAAGCCGAGCGAUCGCUUUGUUUAUCUUGUGCUAGAUACUCAGAGUGGUGAUACAGCUGUUCGCAAGGGUAUUCUUGAGGGUGUUGCAGCUCUUGGUUCGGGAUACUCUGUGUACAACAAGAACAAUGUUGCCGUGACGGGCACUCACAGCCAUGCUGGCCCCGGAGCUUGGUUCAACUACCUUCUGCCGCAGGUCACCAGCUUGGGUUUCGACAAGCAGAGUUACCAAGCUAUUGUUGACGGGGCAGUUCUCUCCAUCAAGAGGGCGCACGAGUCACUGCAAGAGGGAUACCUGGACGUCGGAACCACCGAGGUCACUGACGGCGCCAUCAACCGCAGUCUAUACGCCUAUCUCAACAAUCCUGCGGCAGAGAGGGCCAAGUACAGCGCCACCACCGACACAACCCUGACUCUUCUCCGCUUCCAGCGCGCCUCUGAUGGCAAGAACAUGGGCGUCCUCACCUGGUACCCAACCCACGGCACCUCGAUCCUCCAAAAUAGCACGCACGUAGCGGGCGACAACAAGGGAGUCGCGGCGUAUCUUCUUGAGAAGGACCUCGCGAGUGACGCGAGCGCUGCGCCGGGCUUCGUGGCCGGCUUCAGCCAAGCAAACGUUGGUGAUACCACGCCUAAUGUACUCGGCGCCUACUGCGAUGAUGGUUCCGGCCAGCAGUGUAGCCUGGAGAACAGCACUUGCGCCGACGGUAAGAGUCAGUCGUGCCAUGGUAGAGGUCCUGCGUUCCAGAAGUUGGAUCUGGGCAUUUCGAGCUGCUAUGAGAUCGGCCGUCGUCAAUUCGCCGGUGCCAAAUCUGUAUAUAAUGCUCUUUCUACGACUUCAACCCCUGUUACCGGCACCAGUGUCAAGUCCUUCCACUUCUUCCAAGACAUGUCCUACUUCAAGUUUCCCCUCGCAGACGGCACCACCGGCCAGACCUGCCCCGCCGCCCUCGGCUACUCCUUCGCCGCGGGAACCUCGGACGGUCCCGGCGCCUUCGACUUCACUCAGGCCGACUCUGGCACUCCCGAUGCCAACCCCCUGUGGGCGGUCGUCUCUGGUCUUCUCAGGACGCCCAGCGCCGAGCAGGCUGCUUGUCAACAGCCGAAGCCUGUCUUGCUGGACGUUGGCGAGAUGAGCACCCCUUAUGCUUGGAGUCCCAAUAUUGUAGACAUCCAAAUGCUCCGUGUUGGGCAGUUGGUCAUCGUCGUUGCGCCUGGUGAAGCUACAACCAUGAGUGGGCGGAGAUGGAAGGCUGCAGUCAAGGAGGCUGCGAAGAACAUUGUUCCUAAUGAUCCUCUUGUUGUCCUUGGUGGCCCUGCCAACACAUAUGCUCACUACAUCGCCACUCCCGAAGAGUACGCAAUCCAACGCUAUGAGGGCGCAUCAACUCUUUUCGGACCCAACACCCUCCCAGCCUACAUCAACCUCACCGUCUCCAACAUCGCCUACCUCUCCCCCUCCUCCACAUCCACCCCCGCAGCAGGCCCCUCGCCCCCAGACAACCGCGCCAACUCCCUCUCCUUCAUCACCGGCGUCGUCGUAGACGGCGCACCAGCAGGCCGCUCCUUCGGACAGGCUAUCGGUCAGCCAUCGGCGUCGUAUACUCGCGGCGCGGUAGUCAACGCCACAUUCCAAGCCGCGAACCCGCGGAACAACCUCAGACUCGAGGGGACGUACGCUGCGGUAGAGCAGCUGCAGAGCGGAAAAUGGGUGCAGAUUCGGACCGACGCGGAUUGGUUCCUCGUGUACACUUGGACGAGGACGAAUUUCUUGCUUGGGUACAGUGAGGUUGUGAUUAGCUGGGAGACUGGGACGAGUGAUGGGGCUGGGCCGGGGACAUAUAGGAUCAAGUAUUAUGGUGAUUCGAAGCCGUUGAUUGGAAGUAUUUCGGCUUUUGAGGGGACGAGUGGGAAUUUCACAUUGGUUUAG